AUGUCUCGAGGACAGAAGACGGUUAUUGAGAAUGUUCGUGUUUUCAAGAACUCUGGCAUCACAGACCUCACAACCGUCGUGAUUGACGGCGACCUCAUCGGCAGCGAUGCGUCGAAUCCAGACCAGACCAUCGACGGCGCAGGAGGCGUUCUUAUACCAGGCCUGAUCGACUCGCACGUCCACGUCCUCAAAGAAGCUCAUCUCCAGAAACUGCUGCACCAUGGGGUGACGACCGUGCUCGACAUGGCAAUGUACCCUGCUGAAAGGAUACCACAGAUGCGAAGUUAUCCUGGAAUGCCAGAGAUCAAGACCGCAGGAGUGCCACUGUCGAAAGCCGGCAGUGUCCAUAGCUGCGUGCUGCCACUGCCACCAGAAUCGCUGCACGUCAAACCUGAAGAGGUGGCGGAGUGGGUGCGGAAGCGAGUCGUCGAAGGGUCGGACUAUAUCAAGAUCAUUGCCGACGUGCCUGGGCCAGAUCAGAAGACGAUGAAUGCGGUUGUUGCUGAAGCGCAUAAACACCAAAAGAAGGUGGUGGCGCACGCUGCAUCAUAUGCGCCCUUCAAUAUGGCUCUGGAGGCAGGCGUGGAUAUAGUUACUCAUCUGUCGCUCGACAAGGCCGUGGAUACGGGCAUGGCGGAGAGGAUGCUGGCCAAGAAUGUCAUCUCCGUGCCGACAUUGUGUAUGAUGAAGGAGACGAGCAAGGACCUUCCGAUGAGCGAUGUUGCUCCAAUGUUGCUGAAGCCGAAGACCCUUCAUGCGAUCGUCAAAAACAAGAGGAACGGGCAUGGGAAGCACACAUACGCCAAUGCUGAAGCCUCAAUCGCCACGCUUUACCACGCCGGCGUGCCGAUUCUAGCGGGAACAGAUUGUCAUGAGGAAGGGAAGUCCAUCUUCGACGUACCGCACGGCGAGUCGAUGCACCGAGAAUUGGAAUUGCUGGUGGCAGCGGGCUUGUCGAAUGUCGAGGUAUUGGAAGCGGCGACGUCCUUGCCGGCAAAAUACUUUGGUCUCGAGGACAGAGGUGUGAUUGAGGAGGGCAAACGAGCCGAUCUUGUGCUGCUGAAAGAAGACCCAACGCGGGAAAUAAAGGCUUCACGGAGCAUCAGCCGGGUAUGGUUGGGAGGGGUUGAGGUGUCCAGAUGA